CAAGAUAGUGCAUAUAUCAGUCGCCAUGGACAGUCCAGUGCUCGCCGCUCCGCCGGCUUGAAUGUUCAAAGGUGCAGAGUGCCGUGAUGAAUGGGGACUGGACUUGACUGACCGACGCAUUGUCACGAGACUACAACAGCGGCGGGAUACCCAUUAUACAUAACUUAAAUCACAUGCCAGUUGACGCUUACUGGCUGGUGCCCCUGUGAAUGCAACAAGUGGGCGCCGCGGGCUUGCGACAGCUUCCAUUGGACCUGGAACAUGACGUGAAGGAAGAUGGCUUCUCGGACGAGGAUGCCAGUGAGGUCGUGGAUUGGGAGCAAGUCGCCCGGUUCGGGGUGGAGCUGGAAGCGCUUCUAGCGCGGCUGCUGCCGAAUGCGCGAACGGCGUGGCGACCGCCGUUGCUGCCAUCACGCCCGUCCCAGCGCUAUGUGUUUGUGCGCUGUCCCGUGGUGCACUGCGACUGCAACUGCUUUAUCAACAUGGACAAAGGCAUGCGGGCCUUGGGGCAUACGCUGACGGCGGCGGGCUAUGGCGCCGUUGACUUGCCGGCCGGGGCCGUGCGAGACGUGCUCACGCGCCCCUGUGCUGCCGCGGACGGCGCCGGUCCCUCCCCAGCUGCCGCCGCCGCGGCGGGGAUGGAGGCAGCUGAACGCCGCAGUGCCGAAGACGGCGCUGGAGGGGGUGCGGAGGGGCGCGAGUUUGUGAGCUGGACGGAGUUGCCGCGGUAUGUGCAGAUGGCUAUCCACAAACAGGGCCGGUGGUGCUGGUUUGCCAGCAGCGACGAAGACGGCGGCGCGUAUGCCAGCCUGCGCCCUCACCUGGCGUUUGACCACCCAGACGAAGGCCGGGAGCUGCUGCAGCGUUUACUGGUGCCGGGCGGUCAGGAGGAGGAGGAGUACAGGGGGGUACUGCCCGCUUUAUGGGGCUCCUACUACCGAAACGAGACCCUCGUUGCUCCGGACGACCCGCUUGUGCUUGAGCUGGCCGAGGAGCUGGCACGUGUGGUCGAUGACGCCUGGACGUGGACGGCCCUUCGCAAGUGGAGCGACGAUGGCGUGGUGGUGUUCGGAAGCAACAAUGACGUCCAGCUGUCGUGCCCCUACCCCGGCUGCGACACCGUGUGCCUCGUCCGCAUGCAGGAUGCAUACAACUCCUUCAAGGUGGCGCUGCGGGCCGCGGUCAGGGCGGACGAAAUGCCGGAGGGCCCGCUGCGGGAGGCUCUGGUGACGGACCGGGGCGGCUUCGGCGGCGGCAGGCUCUGCUACCACGGCUGGGCCAACCUUCCUCGGCACGCACAGCUCGGCUUCAUCCACGCGGCGCGCUGGCGCUGGUUCGAGGAGGAGUGGCACACGCCCGACCCCUACCACGGCCUGCGCGUGCACAUGCGCCUGCAGCACGCCGGCGACCCCGAGGCAGACCGGCUCCGGGAGCUGCUGCUGGACCGGAAGGGCGAGGAGGAGGGCGCCCCCGACAACCCCGCCCGCCAGAGGAUGCGCGAGCUUAUGGCUGACCUGGAGGUACACAUGGAGGCUGUCAGGAAGAGGCAGCGCGAGCAGCAGGCGGCGGCAGCGGCGGCAGGGGGCGACCAGGAUGCGGCGGGCGGCGGCGCGGCGGGCCGGGCAGCGCCCCGUGGCCGGCGGCGGUGGUAAUUGCCGGCCACCGUGCGGGUGUGUAGACAUUUGUAGUGUGACUAAGCAAUCAGUGCGCAUGGUGCAUGUCGAUGCACAGGUAUGCGGUCGCCGUUCUGAUGUGAUCAAGAGACGCAGGUAGUGCUGAGGGUGUACUUUAUGCCAUCACAAUGAGGGCCCCGGCCAUGAGGCGAUUGUCGCACCCGUUGCCCACCAAGCGGGGUGCGGUAGGUGAUGCAGUGGAAAUGAGAAGCCGUAUAGCUCGGU